CGUUGCUGGCUUGCCUCUGGCUUGGUGCUGGUAUUUUCAUACAAUUCCGAGAAUACGUAGCCAACGAGUGAAAAGAAAUGGAGUAAACUAACAGACAAACACAUUUUUGUUUUACGAAGAGUAUAGCCGAUGGAAUAUUAGACCGUCUGUAAGGGGGAUCUUGGUAACCGGUUAGCUGAAUGUAUUGAAAACUUGCUAGUUUUUACAUUAAAUAUUUAUUGACACAUCGCAUUGGACUUGGUUAGAAGGUUGGCGCACGACUUGCCAGUUUGCUGGUUUCUCAUAAUACAUGGCUUUUAGUGGGGGAAAUAGGGCCUGAAUAGUAUGACAAGCUGCUGGUAGUGCGAGGUUUCGAGAUGCGGUUUAACGAGAAGGAGCUGGUCUCUUUGAGUCGCCAGCCCUCCGAGAGAGCGGCGGAACUGGGGAUGAGAGGACCGAAGAAAGGUGACGUGGUGAAAAAGCGGCUGGUGAAGCUGGUGGUAAACUUCCUGUUCUAUUUCCGCACGGAUGAAGAGGAGCCCCUGGGAGCCUUGCUGCUGGAGCAGUGUCGGGUGGAGAGAGAGGAUGACCAAGUCUUCUCCAUUGCUUUUCUAGAUGAGGCUGAGAGAAAGUAUCUGUUUGAGUGUGACUCUGAGGAACAGUGCCUGGAAUGGAUAGACUCAAUCAUCAAAGCCAGUUACGAAUUCAUGCGAAAGAACCUCAUCUUCUAUCGUACUGAAAUCCACAGGCUGACAGGCAAAGACCCCCUAGAGCAGUACGGAAUAUCUGAUGAGACACGCUUCCAAGUCAACAGUGCCCUUCAGCCCAUUUCUAAAGAGACUUAGACACUCCCCCC